AUGAAGCGCCGGAGAUUGCUGUCAAAGCAAAGGCCUCCCCCAUGCUAUGAUGAAACCAAGAAGGAGGACGACCAAGUCUUAGCACAUGCUGCUAGCUCAGUUUCUGCCGUUGACGAAAGUCAGGCAGGUGGCACGGACCCUGCAGAAUCGGAAAGUGUCUAUGCUGCAAGCGCAGCUUUCCUGAAGUUGUGGAUGCUGAUGGGCAAGAAACUGUGGACUCAGCAGAUGUUCGGAAAAACUGAUGAGCAGCUCCAAAGCAUUUCUAUCAACGUCGUUUUGGAAGAUAUCUUGGCCAAAGCAGGUGGCAAAGUCAGCAUGGCAGAACUUUUGCAGGAGAAAGACGAAUUCAUUGCAGCUACAAUGACCGUGGUUCCCAAAGAGCUCUCUCGGCGGUUGCUUCUUGCUGUGAACAAGCCACAGGCUCCUGCCGGGCGGCCAGCACAAAUAGAUUCACAAUGUGUGCAAAAGACUUACCUGCUCACCUUCUCCAACCUGGAUCCAAUCAAUGCCCCCACAAGGGAAGCCAUCCUUGAGACCGUCUUGCAAGCAUUUGACGCUGCAGACUAUGGUGCGCCUGCUGCCGUAACGCAUGCCUGUGUUUUCCGGGAGGAGCAUGGCAGUGGAAAGUGGCAUUUUCAUGUGGCUACGCAAUUGUCAGAACCUUGUCGUUGGAUUGGAUGGAAAAAGGAGUUGACGAAAGCCGGCUAUGUUGCGCACUUUGCAAACAUGGCUGUGGAUGACCACAGCAAACACAAAAACAUGCAGUAUGCCCAUAUGUUGCGGUACCUCUGGCUACCAUCUGACAAGAAGGGCUUGUCGGCCUUGGACAAGGCUCCGUUGUUGUGGUGCUCUGGGGGUCGGAAGCAUCCGCCUCUUCUAGACGCGAUUAAUGGCAUCCUGGACAGCUCUGCUGUGGAAGAGAAGGUGGCAGAGCGCUUUUUGCAGCGUUGGGCUGCCGGCAAGCGCGGUCCGUGCAAAUUCUCUAAUUUGGAGCUCUGA